CCCCAUCUUGCCGCGCCGGGUGUGAGGAAGGCCCCAUCUUGCCGCGCCGGGUGUGAGGAAGGCUCCGUCGCGCCGCCGCUGAGGGGAAGGGAAGGGGAGGGAGGUCGCGAUGCCGCUCUACGAGGGCCUGGGCAGCGGCGGGGAGAAGACCGCCGUGGUGAUAGACCUGGGCGAGGCCUUCACCAAGUGUGGUUUUGCAGGAGAAACAGGACCAAGAUGCAUUAUUCCUAGUGAAAUAAAGAAACCCGAUGUCGCAAAGCCUAUCAAAGUUGUUCAGUGUAAUAUUAAUACAGAAGAGCUAUAUUCAUAUCUGAAGGAAUUUAUCCAUAUGCUGUAUUUUAGACAUCUGCUGGUGAAUCCCAGAGACCGUCGUGUUGUGAUCAUAGAAUCUGUCUUGUGCCCUACACACUUCAGAGACACGCUCACAAGAGUCCUUUUCAAGCAUUUUGAGGUACCUUCAGUUUUGUUUGCUCCAAGUCAUCUAAUGUCUCUCCUGACACUUGGGAUCAAUUCUGCCAUGGUGCUAGACUGUGGAUAUACAGAAAGCUUGGUGCUGCCUAUAUAUGAGGGAAUUCCGAUUCUGAGCUGCUGGGGUUCUCUUCCUCUGGGAGGAAAGGCUAUCCACAAGGAACUGGAGUAUCAGUUGUUGGAGCAGUGCACAGUUGAUACAGGAUUAGCCAAAGGACAAAGCCUUCCAUCUGUAAUGGGCUCAGUUCCAGAAGACAUAGUAGAGGAUAUAAAAGUCCGCACUUGUUUUGUGAGUGAUCUCCAACGUGGACUGAAAAUCCAGGCAGCCAAGUUCAACAUUGAUGGCAGUGCUGAGCGUCCUUCACCACCUCCAGACGUGGACUAUCCUUUAGAUGGAGAAAAGAUUCUCCAUGUAGUUGGCUCCAUCAGAGACUCUGUUGUCGAAAUACUGUUUGAACAGGAUAAUGAAGAGACAUCUGUUGCCACUUUGAUCUUAGAUUCACUCAUUCAGUGUCCAAUAGACACCAGGAAGCAGUUGGCAGAGAACUUGGUAGUUAUUGGUGGCACGGCUAUGUUGCCAGGAUUCCUUCACAGGCUCAUGGCUGAAAUCAGAUACCUGAUAGAGAAACCAAAAUACAAAGAAGCACUUGCCACUAAAACCUUCAGAAUUCACACUCCACCUGCCAAACCCAACUGUGUGGCCUGGCUGGGAGGAGCCAUUUUUGGAGCACUUCAGGACAUACUUGGGAGCCGGUCUGUGUCCAAAGAAUAUUACAGCCAGACAGGCCGCAUACCUGACUGGUGCUGUCUUAAUAAUCCUCCGCUGGAAAUGAUGUUUGAUGUUGGAAAAGCACCCCCACCAUUGAUGAAGAGGGCUUUUUCUACUGAGAAAUAAGCACCUAAAUGCUACACAAGGAUUCUACUCAUCUAUUUCAAGUAGAUAUAUAUGCAUUGGCUUUUUUUUAUUAAGUAAUUUGUGUGUAACACUAUUAAAUAUGAACAAUGUGGAUGUUUUGGGGGGAGUAUGGUAGUAGGUACUAACACUAUUUAAAACCACAUCCAGUUGCAGUUUAAAAACUUAACUCUGGCAACCACUAUGCUGUUUUGUCCACUUCUGAAGAAAUUCUGUACCAUCAUGAGUUGGAGCAUACCAAGUUGUUUGUUAUUUAUCUGUACAGUAAAUGACACUGCUGAGAGAAUUUGUUUUAAGAUAUUUUGUUUUUAAAUAUGCUUAGAAGAGUGAAGGACAGUCUACUAUGGGAAACAUCUAUGGAAGUUUUUCUGCCAAAUUCUGUAUUAAACUAUUCCACCCUUGAA